UAAAUAAUAGAAUAAUAGGUGAUAGAAUAGAUAGAAGACGGACGAAGUUUAGUUUAGUAGGGAAGGGAAUAGGGAUUAGCCACCCAGGAGCAGGACCCAGGACCAAGUGCCAAGGCCAAGAGGGCUUUGUUCCCUGUGAUAGAUAUGGAUUCGUACUGCGGUUUAGUGAUUUAUCUUGUCAGCGAAUGAACAAUUUUGAUUGCAGUAUUGGUUAACGAAGAGAAGGCUAUUGUAAGUUAUUUUUGUGAAAUAAUUUAUAGGCCUAGAUACGAUGGCCGGCAAAGAUAUUUCGGUUUCUCGAUUAUUUAAGCUUGCUCAACAAUUCAACUGUUUUUAUCUCUCAGGCUUACAGAAAGGUGAUAGCUGGCCAUUUAUCGUGGCAGGCAGACAAGUUGGACUGAUCAGACCUAAUGUUUUAUCAAAACUUUCCAAAUAUCCAGAAGUUUUCAGUUUCCAAAAGAACUGUGUUACUUUAAAUCCAGCCUUCAGAGACUACACAGAACGAUCUGCCAAGAUUGAGGAAGUCCUAAAAGAAUGUCGCGCCCAAGGAACUUUUAUUACUCUGAAAGGAUGGCGGGAUGAGUGCUAUGAAGUCCGUGCAGGCUUCUCCUCUGAACCACUCUUCAAAAUGGAUCGUAGUGCAACAUGCUUAUUUGGAAUCUGCAACUAUGGAGUUGACAUUAAUGGGUAUGUGAUGGAUCCGGAGAAGGGUUUGUGCAUCUGGCUGCAAAGGAGGUCUCCAACUAAGCAGACCUGGCCGGGGCGAUGGGAUAAUAUGGUUGGGGGUGGUCUUUCUGUGGGCUACGGAGUUUUGGAAACUGCUUAUAAGGAGGCUGAAGAAGAGGCUUCAAUUCCUCCGGAACUGAUGACGAAAUUGAGAUCUGGUGGAAGUGUGUCUUUCUUCUUUGAGAGUGAACGAGGGCUCUUCCCCAAUACUGAGUUUGUUUUUGACUUGGAACUUCCAAUUAAUUUUAUCCCAAAAAAUAAUGAUGGAGAAGUAGAAAAGUUUGAACUCCUGCCUGCCAAGGAGGCUCUAGUCAGAGUUCUGUCUACAGAUUUCAAAACCACCAGUUGCCCAGUGGUACUUGACUUUCUCAUCAGACAUGGAAUAAUAACUCCUGACAGUGAACCUCAUUUCCCGGAGCUGGUGGAGUUGCUGCAUGUUCCGUUGCAGUCACUCUACCGAUUACGAAGCUGUACCGAAAACGGUGAGGUAUGCACAACGUAGUAGCUGUAACUGAAGCGACCCACAACGAACCAUUUAUUUAGCCAUCUCCCAGUUAAGACUGCCCGCUUAGAGCGCAUCGAGUUCCAAUUACAAGACUAAAGAUUUUAGCAAUCGCUUUUGACAUAGUCAGAAUUGUCUUCUGAAUUAGAUUUUGUUAGCCACUGUGUUAAAGUUUGUCGACAGAAAAUAAUAUUCUUAGGAUAUUGAAACUUUUUUCAAUUCUAAAUGCUUUAUUUAUUUUAAAAGUAAAUCAAAAAGUGCAGUAGAGUUAUAAAAUUGAGAUAGUGAACUAAUCGCUACUGAUAUUGAAAGUGUUAAAUCUUGAAAAACUUCAUACUGCAAUAGGAAUUCACUUUAUUUGUGAAUUAUAAAGGUUGCACUUUUAAUUUUUUUUUAAAUCAACAAAAAUAUAUAGAUUUUAAGGGCAGUUUAGAAAAAAGUCAAAUUAAUCAUUUUUAUUCAAGCAAAAUCAUAAUACUAAAAGCAAAUCACCAACUUAUAAUCAUAAUUCAUCAGAAGUUUAUUAUUUAUAAAAUGCAAUAAGAACUUUAGUAGCGAUUAGCUCCUUCCUUGUAACCCAAUAUAUCUACUGCUCCAGAUUUGUAUAGUGCUUUCAUACUGUAGGUAAUUGAAAAUAAUUAUUGUAGUGCUUGUUUUGUGUGUGAUAUGUGUUGGUUAAUAUAUUUUGAUAUAACAGACUAAAAAAAAGUCUCUAAAACCAAAAAUAGUCUUAGUUUUAGUUUUAUGUAGAACUUUUGUGUAUGGAUUAUGGAUACUUUUAGUCCAAAUUAGUAAUGAUACAGGGUGACCAGCCAACUUGGAAAUUGAGAAUACCAGGAAUCCUACGUCAAUUUUUAUGAUCGGAAAAAAUCUCUAAAUUCAUAAUUUUUGUAAAAAACUGGAAAAUUUAAAUGUUAAUAUAGUGUGUGUAUAUCAAACGCAAUCAAACGAUCGUAAGUAAUGAUCAUGACCGUUGCUAGGAUCGCAGAAAAUCAUCACUAAUUUUGCCGAAAUUGCAAGAUGAUCUCAAAUGUGGCUGUGAUCGCAAAAAUUACAAGAGUUUAAAUAAUCUUGAGAUAAGAUCGUAGAUGUUGCCGUGAUAGUGUGAAAUCAUCGCAGGUGUUGUCACAAUUGCGGUAGUUUAUCUUAGUUAUUACUGCGAUCAUUAGAUAAUCAAAGGUGUUCCUUCGAUCACCAGGAAGAUAAAAGGGUGUUGACACAAUCAAAACACAUUAUCACUUGUGUUGCCGUUAUCACGAGAAAUCAUCAGGGGCUAUGUCGCCAUCGCAAGUUUUCUGCAAUCGCGGCAAAUCAUCACAAAUUUCGUCCGUAAAUAAUCAUCAUGGGUGUAACCAUGGCGAAUAUCACAGCUAUUGCCUCGACCCCGGAAAAUAACCAUAGGAGUUGACAUGAUCAUUGAAAGUGAUCACAGAUGUAUGACAUCGCGAAAAAUCAUCACGGAUGUUCAUCAUGAUUGUUGCCAUGAUCGUGGGAAAUCAUCACAGAUUUGCCGCAAAUGAAAGAUAUGAUCACUGACAUGGCUGCAUUAGCAAGAAAUUAUUACAGAAUUCGAUGAAGCGGUUUAAAUUUACUAGCAGGUAAGUUUUGCUAUUUUAGAGCGGCAAGUUUUGUCCUGGAAAUUUUGAACCUGGAAAACCUGGAACUGUCUUUGCAUUUUAUUUUGAUGGAACGCUGGACGCCCUGUGAUAGUUUACUAUUUUAUUCAAGCCUUGUCAUUACCAUUAUUGUAGUCAUUCGAUUCAUAAGCUUUGUUGCCAGCUUUAAAACUGAAUCAUAACUUUAAAUUCAAUGUUUUAGUAGUCAUUCCAAACAGUUUUAUAACUGACAGAACUGUUACGUAUAAAAACAUAGCCUAGUCUUCGCAAAAAAAAAACUCCAUCUUUAAUGUACUGCAAUAAUAAAUUUAUGGCUAACAUUUUUUUUUCAUUUUUGGUUUUUGAGUAGUCACUUAAACAUUCCACAAACCAUUACCAGUUGUUUUUUAUUGUUUUGAUAAUUAAGAU